AGUAUCCAACAGCAAAAACAAAAUAUCUGAGACACCCUUCUCUAGCCCCACGAAAAUGUUGAGGCCUCGAGUUUACGAAUCUCACAGUUCCAAAACCUUCUUCCUACUAAACAAGCCAUUCAUCCAUGGCAAUGGCAGUGCUUCGCUUUCAAUCUGGUCUAAAUCCUUAUUCCAAAAACACCACAAAAAAAUUCGCACUGGCUUCGUUCCUAGCAACAUAAAAGCUGUUGCAAGUCCUGCUACCGAGAAGUCCGUUAGUGUUAAAGCUGUUGUCACCGUGAAACCAACGGUUCGUGGAUUUUUAUCAAACCUUGGGAUAGGACGAGGGUUGGAUGAUAUAAAAGAUUUGCUUGGUAAAACACUUCUCCUGGAGCUAGUUAGCACUGAGCUUGAUCCCAAGACCGGAUUAGAGAAGGAUACGGUUCAAGGAUUCGCUCAUAAGGCAGGCAGGGGGGAUGAUGGGGUAAAGUACGAGACCAGCUUUGAAGUUCCAAUUGAUUUUGGGGAGGUUGGCGGUGUGUUGGUUGAAAAUGAGCACCACAGGGAGAUGUUCCUUGAGGAUAUAGUCAUCGAUGGGUUCUCUCAUGGCCCCAUAUAUUUGACAUGUCGAUCAUGGGUUCACUCAAAGUUCGACAAUCCCCAAAAAAGGGUAUUUUUCACCAACAAGUCAUACUUGCCAUCACAAACACCAAGUGGGUUGAGGAGGCUAAGAGAAGAAGACCUCGAGAAUUUGCGAGGGAAUGGUGAAGGAGAGCGCAAGAGCUUUGAGAGGAUAUAUGAUUAUGAUGUCUACAAUGAUCUUGGAGAUCCUGAUAAGAGCCUCUCACUUCAAAGACCAGUUCUUGGCGGCAAGGAUCUCCCCUAUCCUAGACGUUGUAGGACGGGGCGCCCCCUUUGUGACUCAGAUCCACUAUCGGAGAAAAGAAAUAGCCGAUUUUAUGUUCCUCGCGAUGAAUGCUUCUCGGAGAUAAAGGAGCUAACAUUUUCAGCAAAGACAGUAUAUUCAGUGUUGCGAGUAUUGGUGCCAUCCCUAGGAACGGUGAUGAAGGACAGAGAUCUUGGAUUCCCUUACUUCACAACCAUAGACUCGCUUUUCACUGAAGGAGUUAACUUGCCAUCUGAAGAAAACCAAGAAGGGUUCCUCAAAGCCAUCAUGCCCAGGCUUGUCAAAACCAUUUCCGAAACAGGAGGAGAUGUUUUGCGCUUUGAGACUCCCGAAACGAUGAACAGGGACAAAUUCUUUUGGUUUAGGGACGAGGAAUUUGCCCGACAGACUCUUUCUGGUCUCAACCCAUAUAGCAUACAGUUGGUCACGGAAUGGCCAUUAAAGAGCAAACUUGACCCUGAGAUCUACGGUCCACCAGAAUCAGCCAUCACAACAGAAAUGAUUGAGGAGGAAAUUGGAGGUCUAAUGAGUGUUAACAAGGCCAUACAACAAAAGAAGUUGUUCAUACUAGAUUACCAUGACCUUUUGCUACCAUUCGUCAACAAAGUAAGACAGCUUGAAGGCACUACGCUUUAUGGUUCACGGACGCUAUUCUUCUUAACCACAGAUGGCACAUUGAGGCCACUGGCUAUAGAACUCACUCGGCCGCCUAUGGAUGGAAAGCUGCAGUGGAAGCAAGUUUUUAGACCUUCUUGGCAUUCAACGUCUAUCUGGCUUUGGAGGCUUUCCAAAGCUCAUGUCCUUGCCCACGACUCUGGCUAUCACCAACUUGUUAGUCACUGGCUGAGAACUCAUUGUGUAAGUGAACCUUAUGUAAUUGCGACAAAUAGGCAACUUAGUGUGAUGCAUCCAAUCUACAGACUGUUGCACCCUCAUUUCCGUUACACCAUCGAGAUCAAUGCUCUUGCUCGAGAGGCGCUUAUCAAUGCAGGUGGAACCAUUGAGACCGCAUUCACACCUGGCAAAUAUUCCAUGGAACUCUGCUCCGUCGCCUAUGAUCUCCAGUGGCGAUUUGACCGGCAAGCAUUGCCCGUUGACCUAGUUAGCAGGGGAAUGGCUGUUGAGGAUCCAACUGCUCCUCAUGGACUAAAGCUAACAAUUAAAGACUACCCUUUUGCUAAUGAUGGCCUGAUCCUUUGGGAUGCCAUCAAAUUAUGGGUCACUGAUUAUGUCAACCACUAUUACCCAAACCCUAGCCUUGUAGAGUCCGAUCGAGAGCUCCAAGCAUGGUGGACAGAAAUUCGAACAGUCGGCCAUGCUGACAAGAAGGACGAACCGUGGUGGCCGGUCCUCAAAACCCCCCAAGACCUAAUUGACAUCAUCACAACAAUUGCAUGGGUCACUUCUGGUCACCAUGCAGCCGUGAACUUUGGACAAUAUGCUUACGGGGGUUAUUUUCCUAAUCGGCCUACCAUUGCUAGAACCAACAUGCCCACAGAAGAACCUACUGAAGAAGAAUGGAAAAAGUUCAUGAAAAAACCUGAACAUGCACUCUUGAAAUGCUUCCCUUCACAACUUCAGGCAACAAGAAUAAUGGCUGUUUUGGACAUAUUGUCUAAUCAUUCACCGGACGAGGAGUACCUUGGGGAGAAGAUGGAGCCCUCAUGGGCUGAAGAUCCAUUCAUAAAGACGGCUUUUGAACGGUUUAAUGGGAGAUUGAAGGAGCUUGAACGGAUUAUUGAUGAAAGGAACUCAAACAAUGAUUUCAAGAAUAGAGUAGGAGCCGGGAUUGUGCCGUAUGAGCUUUUGAAGCCAUUUUCGCAGCCUGGGGUGACUGGAAAAGGGGUUCCAUAUAGUGUCUCCAUUUGAAUUUGAAAUGUGUUUUUAUAGUUUCAAACUCUUGAGUGGUGCCCACCGAGGAAAAAAAAAAUUUGAACAAAAUGCUUCCAUGCCUUAUAAA